UCCAAAUUUGUAACCUUUCAAGAACAGCUGGCUCAGUGAGAGGAUAAUUAUAUUCAGUGAGAGUCUUUAAAUCCUGUCCUGUGGAACUCCAGCCAUUCAGACGCGGUGGCGCCAGGUCUUCACACGGUCACAGGAUAUGUAAAGACUUCAAUAACGAGCCAUUAUCCCCCAAUCAUCGGGAUCGAUCGGGCGUUAACAAGCGACUCUACAUAUGCAAAUGGAUGCGAGUGGCUAUAAAACCUUGGCUGCAGGCCACAACACGUUUCCUUGUGACAUUUGGUGGAUUUGCAGACCACUGAGCAGCAGCACCGUAGACAUGGUGAAAUACUUUUCCGUAGAGUGGUUGGCGCAGAGCCACAGCGGCGGCGGCGCGGCGAAGGAGGGGCAAAGAGCUUCCCCUGCGCACAGACCUCAUGUCCUCUGCAUGGUGCAGCCGAGCGCGCCAAUUUUUGGUAAAGGUUACCUGCAGCCAAAACCCAAGCCGUCAAAGGCCGCUAAGCAGGAAGGGUCAGAUGAGGUCAGAGAACCGCAGAGCUCCCGCGUCGGCUCAUCUUUACAUCCAGCAGACUUUUGCUCGCCAAUUUCUGAAGUGAGCGGGUAUUCCUCCGGGUACGAGAGCGAAGCGGAAUCCUCCGAGAUUCCGUCCGUGGAUGAAGGGAAUGAGGCGGAGAAAGACGCGCCGCAGCGCCGCGUGCGCACCAAGUUCACUCCGGAGCAGAUCAGCAGGCUGGAAAAGAUCUUCAGCAAACACAAAUACCUGGACGCAGGGGAGAGGGUGAAGACGGCGCAGAAGCUGGGCCUCACAGAAACUCAGGUCAGGACUUGGUUCCAGAACAGGCGGAUGAAGCUGAAACGGGAAGUCCAGGACUACCUCGCCCCCCAGAUCCCGUCGGUGUCCUUCCGCCCUCUGCACCCGGUUCAGUACCACCCCGUGGCCGCGCACCAGGCCCACUACACCUCGUCCGGCCGCGGCCUUUACCCGCUGCCCGUCCCGCAGCUGGUCCUGACGCAGCCGCUGACUCCUCACCCCGCGCCUCAGCUCAUGAUGCGGCAUCCACAUUUCUACUGAGCAAACUCCCAUAAGAGACUCUUCAUUUCGACACAGACACUUAUGAUCCCAAAAUGUGUAAUCCGAUUUGUGAGAAUUUUGUACAGAUUUUGUAUAAUUACGAAUAUAUCUAUUUAUAA